AUGAGCGGAUACCAAAACGGCGGCCCCCGCGGCCUGGCCGACGACAGCGAUGUUGAGGAGGAGGCCCUCGUCGCCGACUACCGAGAGCAGGUUCAGUACGAGGAGGGGAUGGAUGAUCCUGAUAUGGUGCUGGCCCAGCAGACCGACGACAUUCAGUCCCGGCUUGUCGCCGCAGCGCAGCCCCUCGACUUCUCCGCGCCCCUCGAAGUCAAGUUCCAGAGCUACGACCAGUACUGCAGCUUAUUUCACUUCAUCCUGAACUCGGAUGGGCCAGUUGACCUGGAACCUCCUUCCUACUACUGGGCUUGGGAUGUCAUCGACGAGUUCAUCUACCAGUUCAACUCGUUCUCCUCAUACAGGAUGCGCAUCGCAAGGCAGGCCAACAAUGAGGAAGAGGCGCAAAUACUGCGGGAGAACCCCAACACAUGGGGCUGCUACAGUGUCCUGAACGUGCUCUACUCGCUCAUUCAGCGCUCUCAGAUCCUUGAGCAACUGCAGGCAAUGAAGCGGAAUGAGGACCCCAUGGCUGUCGCGGGUGAUUAUGGCAGCAGGAGUCUGUACAGGAUGUUGGGGUACUUCUCCAUCAUUGGUCUUCUCCGUGUGCACUGUCUGCUCGGCGACUUCAGCCUUGCCCUGAGGACGCUUGAUGAUAUUGAGCUGAACAAGAAGGCCAUGUUCGCCCGCGUCAUGGCUGCGCACUUUACAACCUACUACUACGUUGGGUUCUCCUACAUGAUGGUUCGUCGCUAUGCCGAUGCCAUCCGCAUGUUCAGCCACAUCCUGGUCUACGUCUCGCGUACCAAGAACUUCCAGAAGAACGCUCAGUACGACUCGAUCACCAAGAAGAACGACCAGAUGCUGGCUCUCAUUGCCAUCUGCGUGGCUUUCCACCCCACUCGUCUAGACGACACCAUCCACACCGCUUUGCGUGAGAAGUUUGGUGACCAGCUCCUGAAGCUGCAGAGGGGUGGCCCUGAGUCUCUCCCCGUCUACGAGGAGCUCUUCAGGACGGCGUGCCCCAAAUUCAUCUCGCCCGUCCCUCCGGACUUUGACAACCCAGAGGCCAACGUGGACCCCAUCGAGCACCACUUGUCCGUUUUCAUGGACGAGGUCAAGACCAACAUGUGGAGCCCGACCGUCAAGUCCUACCUCAGGCUGUACACAACCAUGGACCUUAAGAAGCUUGCUGGUUUCCUAUCUGUCAAGCCCGAGGAGCUCCGUUCGUGGCUGCUUGUCAACAAGCAGCGCACCAAGCAGCUGCGCUGGGCCGACCACGGCCUUCUCGAUGGCGAGCUGGUUAACGUGAGCGACCUUGACUAUGCCAUGCAAGGUGACUUGAUUCACAUCUCGGAGGCCAAGGUCGGCAGGAAAUUGGUCGAUUGGUAUCUCCGCAACCUGUCUCGCACAUACGUGUAA